UUAGCUUUCUUCCUGCUUCUUCUUCCAUUUUGCCAAGACCCCACAAAGCUCAAAAUCUUUCUUAGGCAAUUGAAAACCACAAGACCACACAUAUAUAAAUAUAGAAAAAAUAUGAAUGGUGUCUGUGGUGGUGCUCGUCAGUAUAACAACAAUAAUAAUGCUGGUGGUGGUGUUGGUGGGCCUUGUGGUGCAUGCAAGUUUCUUAGAAGAAAGUGUGUAAGGGGAUGUGUAUUUGCACCUUAUUUUGAUUCAGAUCAAGGUACUGCUCAUUUUGCUGCUGUACAUAAGGUGUUUGGAGCUAGUAAUGCUUCUAAAUUGCUGCUUAGAAUUCCAGCACAUAAGCGUUUGGAUGCUGUUGUUACUCUAUGUUAUGAGGCACUUGCUAGAGUUAGAGAUCCUAUUUAUGGUUGUGUUGGUCACAUCUUUACUCUUCAACAACAGGUUGUAACUUUGCAAGCCGAGUUAGCAUAUGUUCAAGCCCGCCUUUCUACCUUGCACCAACUACCUAUGCCGCAACAAAGUCCAACUCAGACAGUUCUGCAGCAAUCAUCUUCGGACCUGUUCUGCAGUACUUCAAGCAUUUCAUCGACUACUAUGGAUCCACAAUUAGACAUAACAGGUUUAAGUGACUUGUUGGAUCAAGAACUAGAAAACUGUGACCUCCACACAUUAGCUCGAGAGUUCGUUUCUAGACACUUACCUGGAGUUAGAUUCAGGCCUUCACCAUGAAGAUGUGUACCUAGCUCCAUGAUUAGCUCUAUGAAGAUGAUGAUCAUUCAACUCCCUUUUGUCUAUAUUUAACUUUGUUGAGUAUACUAAUUGUGAUUGUAUGGAUUUUGUGGAACUUCUUUCUUGAUUAGUGUAACUGCCUGUUUCUUGCUUAAGAUUUUUGUCUUUUGCCUAAGUGAGUUUUAUUCAAUUCGCCAGUGAGGCUAAUAUGGUGUUUUAAAGUAAGUAUUAAACAAAAUGUAACAUCUUGGCGAAAACUUAAAUGAAUGCAAGAGCCCGUAUAUUUUUUUAAUUUAAUCAUAUUAAGUGAUAGUAUGUAUUUUCACUGUAAUUAGUGAUUCUUAUUAAAUUGUCAUUUAAUAUAAAUAUUAGUAGGUGUGAGUAAGUAUAUUGUUAAUUGGUUGUUUGUGUGUUUAAGAGGAGAGGGAUAGCAUUUCCAAUAAAUUUGAAAUUAGUUAAGGUUUUUUUUUUUUUUUUUUUUUUUUUGUGUGUAAAUAUCAAUGCAGAUAAUUAUUAGAGAACUUUACAGAAAUAAGCGGCCGAAUAUAGUCUAUUAUUGUCGCCAUAAAAAUUAAUAAACAAUCUGUAAACUAGAAACUAGUUACAAUAAUUAGCCGAUUAAAUAUGACAAUUUAGGGCCACGCUUCAUCUCACUAGCUUCCUUCACCUGUCUCAUCUUCCGGAGGGAAUGAAAUCCCCAUAUGAAUAACUUCCGAAAUUCGAACAACGCUGGACAAAAAUCACACUUCUCUUUUCAAUAGAAUAAAUCAAUAAUUAUGU